UUGUGGUUGAUGCUAACGUUAGCUCAACAGACAGUCUUUGUUGUGGUUGAUGCUAAAGUUAGCUCAACAGACAGCCUUUGUUGUGGUUGAUGCUAAAGUUAGCUCCACGGACACUCUUUGUUGUGGUUGAUGCUAAAGUUAGCUCAACAGACAGCCUUUGUUGUUAACCAACUUUGUUAAGUAGGACCAUUUUUACUGGAUUGACAUUAGAAGUCUGUCGUUAGCAUUUUAUAUGCUAACUACUUGUCGCAAGGUUAGGCAUGCGCAAUUCACAGCUUCACUCGACUCACAUCGGGGAUUGACAGGCGAAAACGACCGGAAGCAGCUUCUCACGUGACUGAGUGAAAGCUGAACGUCACGUGAUCUUCAUCCUCUGAAUUCUCUGACUAACAUCAACAUGGCGUUCAUCACGGCCAACUGGAACCCGCUGGCCGAAGCCUUUUAUCGUAAGACUGAGCUGUAUGAGAUGUGUUGGAACUUGAGAGAUGGACUCCGAGACUCUCUGGUGGCUGCAGCUCCAUAUGGAGGACCAAUAGCCCUCCUCAGAGAGCCUCUCCGUCGUUCUCCCAGCUCUCGUCCUCAGUUAGAGAUUUAUUCUGCAUCAGGAGUCGCCACCGCCAGCUUCCCUUGGAAGAGCGGUCCUGUGGUCCAGCUGGGCUGGACGGUCAGUGAUGAGCUGCUGUGUAUCCAGGAGGACGGAUCAGUUCUGAUCUACGAUCUGUUCGGCUCCUUCAAGAGACACUUUAGCAUGGGACAGGAAGUGAUGCAGAGCCAGGUGUUGGAAGCCAAAGUGUUCCACUCUCCUUACGGAACAGGUGUCGCCAUAGUAACGGCAUCCUCGCGCUUCACCUUGGCAACCAACAUAGAUGACCUGAAACUCCGGAGGUUACCUGAAGUCCCAGGGCUGCAGGGAAAGCCGUCCUGCUGGGUCGUCCUCACUCAGGACCGACAGACUAAAGUCCUGAUGUCCAACGGACCUGAACUCUACAUCCUGGACACCACGUCCUGCACUGCUGUGGUUCCUCCAGGUCUGGGUCCCAAGGCCGGCUCUAUUGUCCACAUGUCGGUGUCUUUCAGCUAUAAGUACCUGGCUCUCUUCACGGACACGGGACACAUGUGGACAGGUCCCUCCCACCUGCAGGACAAACUGAGUGAGGUAGACACCAAGAAGACGACGCCUCCUAAACAGAUGGUCUGGUAAGUCUGCCUGUCUCUCUGUCUGUCUCUCUGUCAGUCUCCCUCUGGACCUGUCUCCUUGUCUGUCUCCCUCUGCACCUGUCGACCUGUCUGUCUCCCUCUGCACCUGUC